UGCACAAAAAAUGGUGACGUUUUUUUCAUAACACCAAGAGCGGGGAUAUUAGAUUUCAUUUUUUCUUCAAGAAAACGUCAAAUGACGCAAGAGGGCUUCACAAUUGGACUCAUACGAGUUGGUGAUAAUGUUAAAAAGUAUAAGCUGAUUGAUUUUUGUGGAAAAGAUGAGAUAACAGUAGGAAGAUCACAGGAUGCCACAGUUUGCUUCUUGUCCCCGAUGAUCUCAAGAUGCCAUGCUGUGUUUAAAAAAGAAGGAGAUACUUGGAGCAUCAAAGAUAACAAGAGUCUUAAUGGAGUAUUCAUAAAUGGAAAGCAACUAGAACCACACAAGCCCUAUACUUUACAAGAGGAUGACAAAGUUCAGUUUGGAGUCCCAAAGGAUGGUGAGAAGGCUGCCGAAUUUAUCUUCAAGUUUCACUACAAGAUUAGAGUUAAACGAGUAAGACCAAAGAGUUCUGAUGAACCAGACUGCUCUAACAACAAUCAGAUUAAUAAAGACCACAAUCCACUAAAACGAGUAAAGCUGAACUCUGUUGAAAAUGAAUUGGAUGACAAACCUUCAUGCUCUAAGCAAAAUAUUCAGAAAAAGCAGCUACCAUUUGAUGAUUAUAAGGAGAAGCUAACGAAGCAAAAGCAAGAAGCAGAUUCAAAGUUAAAAGAAUUUGAAACCAAACUUGCAGAGAUGCAAAAAAUGCUGAAAGAAAAGGAAGAAAAGCAUGAAGAGAUGAAGAGGCAGCUAGAGGCAGAGAAACAGGAACGAGAAAACCAAACACUACAGAUGAAAGAGAGGCUAAAGGAGAAGGAGGAUGAGAUGGAACACCAGACCAAUGAAAUGAGAGAAAAAUUAAAGGAAAAAGAACAGGAGUUAGCAGCUGAACUACAGAAACGGGAGGAGGAUGAAAGGAAAAUGAAGGAGGAAUUAGAAAACCAGCUGAUGAGCAAAGAGGCUGAGCUUCUUGAGCAGCUUCAGACACAAAAAGAGGGUCUUAUUAUAGAGAAACAAAGAGUGGAGGAGAAUUUACAAAAAGCCAUGGAGAAAGCACUAGAAGAGAAAAAUAGAGAACUAGAAGAACAACUUCAUAAAGAAAAGGAGAGACUUGAGAAGGUAAUUACACAGAAGGAAACGGAACAAAAAAUGUUGGAAGCCCAGCUACAGGCCACAAAACAAGAGAAUAACCAGCAGUCAGAUGCCAUACUUCAAGCUCGACAAGACAUACUAACCAAUUUUUCUGACCUGAUGGAGACAGAGCUACAGUGCAGCAUCUGUAAUGAAUUAUAUAUACAGGCAACAUCCUUGAAUUGUUCACACUCUUUCUGUGCUCUGUGUAUUGCCGAGUGGAUGAAAGUGAAAAGAGAAUGUCCAAUCUGCAGAACACCAGUCACCUCACAAAUGAAGUCCAUUGCUCUGGAUAACUAUAUUGACACCAUGGUAGAGCAUCUCAGUGAAGAGCUAAAAACAAGAAGGAAACAGCUUGUCACUUCCAGAAAAGAGGAGCAGGAAAAUACUGAAAGGCAAAAGCAAGAGCCAGCAAGAACCAAUAAUAGAACAAAUAACAGGGGAGCCAGAGGUGGGCGGGGAAGGAGAAGGGGUCAGGGUAGAGGUGGGAGGGGCCAACGUCAAGCCCAGAACACCGUUGAAAACAGAGCAGGACAUCGACCAAUCAUAAUUGAGAGUGAUGAUGAGACAGAUGGAGGACACGUGGAGGUUGGUUUAGUGGAAGAGGAAGUGGUUGGGGAGGAGGUUGAAGCGGAGGAAUUAAGUGACAGUGAGAGUGUCAGUAGUAGUGACAGUAAUGCCCAUUUCUACAGUGACCCCUCCGACAGUGAUUCAAUAGAGGGAGAGGAAGGGGUUUAUUAUGGAGGAUAUGGCCAUUGUUAUGUUUGUGGUCACAGGGGACACUGGGCCAAUGGGUGUCCAUUUCGGUAGAUGGAAAUCCCUCAGACGAACAGCCACCCAUGUGUUCUUUUACAUUUAAGUUUUUCCAUUAUUAUAGCAUGGAAUAUUAACUUUUAAAGUGUUUUACUUUGUCAAUUUGAGAUUUUACAGUAGUUAUGGUUGGGCUGUCAUUGAUGGAUUUUAGUAUCCAUAUAUCAAUUUAAAAUCCUUCAGUAUAAUAUUGAUACUGUGAAUGAAAACCAAUGCAUUAAAGUUAGAUAUUUUCA